AUGGAGAUUACUAGGAGAGAGGGUUCACAGGGGAAAUGGAUGGGGACAGGGGACUGGAGAGAGAGAUGGCUGGAGCCGAGCCUGGGGAAAAGGCUGGGACCGAGCCUGGGUCGAGGCCUGCAGAGAGAGUUUGGAAGCUGGCUGUUCACCCUGCCUUUCCUGCUCCUUCUCCUCCUCCCCCCGGUGUUCCCCCAGUGCCCUGACAGCUGCCACUGUGUGUGGGAGAGCAGCAUGGUGCUGUGUACGGACGCUGGGCUCCGUGAGUUCCCCCAGGGCCUUCCUCUGGACACCGUCACACUACACCUGGAGAGAAACUACAUCCGCUCGCUCCCUGAGGGAGCCUUCAGGGAGCUGACCCACCUGAGGGAGCUGUAUCUCUCCCACAACCACAUCAACACCCUCUCCUCUGGGGCCCUGCGACACCUGAGCUCAGAGCUCCGUCUCCUGGACCUCUCCCACAACCUGUUACGCCAGGCCAGCCGGGACGAGUUUGGUUCCACGCGGGCCAAGACGCGCCUCUACAACAACCCGUGGCACUGCGACUGUACCCUGCAGGAGCUGAUGGAGACGUUAAAUCUAGAGCCGGAGACUGUCAACGGGAUCAUGUGUGAGAGCUCUGUGAGGAGCUCCGGGGAGGGGAGUCGCUGGGAGGAUCCAGGAGGGGCAGAUGAGCACUCUGGUCAACCCCUGGUUAAGCUGCUUAACUCUGGGGUAAACUUCUGUAGUCUCCAGAGGAAGACAACGGAUGUAGCCAUGCUGGUGACCAUGUUCGUGUGGUUCUUCAUGGUCAUUGUUUAUGUGGUCUACUACGUGAGACAGAACCAGGCUGAGACCAGAAGACAUCUGGAGUAUCUGAAGAGUUUGCCCAGUCCGAGGAAAACACUCACGGAGACAGACACGAUAAGCACUGGUCUCUGAACUAUUUAU